UGAUAAAAACCUAUCCAAGACUCACCAACAAGCUACUGUUUCCAAUGAUUAUAUAAGACCUAUUCUCACUGCAUGUCAUUAGUUAAUGUAUCAAUUCGCUAACCACCCUGCUAGUUUUGAUCAAACAUCUCUGGAUAAAUCUGUGUUUAUACGCUCCCAGAAACUAAUUUGGCCAAUCCAAAAAAAACCAAAAUGCUAAAACUCCCAAAUAAGAGGUUAGUUCAAGCCAUGGAGGGUUAUGUUUUGAGGAUGGCUUUGGUCACAUCUUGUUGGUUUAUCCUUGAAUCUAUCCUCUUCCCAGAUGGAUUUCUGAAGAAGUUUUAUCUCGGCUUCUACAUCCACCCGCUAUUGCUCUUUCUCUGUCAGAUUUUCCUUUGGAUAAAACUACUUCAAAGAUGGCUUCCCCUCCUUGUCUCGCUAGCUAUUCGAAUCGCUUGGUUUGUAGCGUCUGAAAUUUGCAGGGUGUUUCCCAGUAUCCUCUCUGUUUUCGCAUUCAUUAGAAUCACCAAUGAUGAGUUUGCAAAUGAGGUGGAGGAGCAUGAAAUUCCAAGUGCUACAGUUCAAAGUCAUAUGGCCGAUUCGUAUAGCACUUGCGAUGCAGUAUCCAUUAAAAAUGAAGCUAAAGUAUAUGCACUACACAUGGAGGAGGUUGAAGCAGACACUGAUUGCAGUGACAGCUCACUACUAGUGGAGUCGAUUAUAAGAGAACCCCGUGUGCUUAUCGAUGAAGAUAGAAGCUUGGAGGUGUAUAUGCCCUCCAUUUCACCUCCCCAAGAUGAUGAAAUUAGUGUAACUUUGCCAUCAUUGUGUAGCUCUAAAGCACCAAUCGUUGAGGGAGAAUUGAUCAAUCAAAACAUGGAGGCCGACAUAGAUCCAAUCUAUGAGAAAUACAGUGAAAGGAUGAGAUGGUUUGAUUUGCUCAAUCAUGAUAGAACAUGUGGAAUAAGUGCAAUCUUGAACAAGCAAUUGGCUUCUCUUAGUUCAUUUGAGGAUAUAAAGUCUGUGGAAUUCUCCAUUCCACAGAUUUCAUGGAGCAAGACGGCUAGAAGAAGGCUGAUAAGAAGCUUAGAAAGUGACUUCGAAUUGGUUUAUGUGGCUCAAUCAUGCUUAUCCUGGGAAGUACUACAUUACCAAUACCGAAAAGUUGAGGCUCUCUUAUGCUCAAACUUUCAAAAUGGCGCCUUUUAUGAGAAUGUCGUCGGGGGAUUUCAAAAGUUUCAAAUACUUCUAGAGAGAUUUAUGGAAGAUGAAAGGUGUGAGGGCAAAAGGUACUGGAAUUAUGUUCAAAGGAGGUUAACUUUCAGGAGUCUACUCCAAGUUCCUCAGGUUUCAGGUUAUACGGAGGAAAGAGAAGAUGACGAAACUAGGGGAGAAGCCAUGAGGGCAACAGAAGUGUUGCAGGGCAUAGAGAAAUGCAUAAAGGCCUUUUGGAUGUAUGUAAAAACGGACCAAAAGAAACCGCGGUGGAAAAUGAGUAAUCUCAUGUGGACUUAUCCUCCGGUAGAAGACCCUCGAGACUUGGAGCUCCUAGCAAAUCUUACUAAGGCACUCCGAAAGGAGCUAUGGCUAAAAGACUUGCAAGGGAAGAGGAGGUGUUGGUUGAAAAGAGGAGUGAACCCUCUGGAAGCAUCUCUAGAGAAGGAAAUUUUGUUUACAAUGAUAGAGAUGAAGCUGGUAUCAAGGGUGCUCAAAAUGUCGAUGAUUUCCACUUCUCAACUCAAAUGGUGCCAGGAGAAGCUUAAUGAUGUGAAGUUUGAAGCAGGAAAGGUUACGAGGGCAAACACAGUUUCCUUAUUUCCCUCUUCCUAGUAUCUCUCUGAGAAUGAUAUUUGGCACCAGACGUAAUUAGGAAAUAUUUCACUGGUUCAAACGGGAAGGAAGAAAAAGAGAAGUUGUCAUCAAUUCUUACAUAUGAGAACGUAUAAACGUUGUGUAAUGUCUUUAGAUUUAUGAGCUUGAACCCAGAACCUCGCAGCACUUAACUACUGGUACCUGACCGUUGGGCUGAAGUCUAGGCCGAUGCCAAGGUCCACUCAAGGAAAGGAACUGCAAUACUUGGUUGCUGCGGCAAAACUGUCAAAAAAUAAAGUGGCUUCUCUCCUUGCAUUCCCAGGGCCAGGGACAGGGUGAUGGGUAUUCUCCAGCCUGCAUCUGUAGGGUUCUUUUGGCCAUUGACAAAAUAUCCUUUCAUACCUACAAUUUUAGCUGAAUAAGUCCGGUCGCAAUGGCCCGUUGUUUCCUGUAAUUUUGAUAAUAGAAGGAAGAUAGUCAUGUUCUGCA